UGGCAAGAGUCCAGAGCGUUCGGAAAGUCCUACGAGUACUUCCACAGCAACGAGUGUUGGAACCUUGACUCCACCAUCGCUGCAAUGUUGUCACCUGGUCAGGAGGGCCAGCCUAACAGUUACUCGCACGGUAAUGUCGUUCUUCAAGGUGCACCCUGUGGUCAGUGUCGAGAUUUAUGUCCAGCCGGCUACGUGCCUCACUUUUGGAGGAAAGUGUGCAGAAGCUGCAGGUGUCCCAGGGAGGAGCAUCAGCGGACUUCGACGGAGGCGGGCGGUCCCUCGGGACUCGGCCUCGGUCCUGGUCCGCCGAUGGCCAUGGCUAUGGCUUUCCAGAGCGGGGCCGCCGGUUCUUCUCACCAGGAACCCUUCAAGAGUCCUAUGCAAGCGGCUCCAGCAGGGCUCGCGCUUCAGGAGGCCCUGAUGCAUCAUCAGAGGCACUCGCAGAGCGACGAUGACAGCGGAUGCGCGCUCGAGGAGUACACGUGGGUGCCGCCUGGUCUCAGGCCGGAUCAGGUACACCUGUACUUCAGCGCGCUACCGGAAGACAAGAUCCCGUACGCGGGCAGCGCCGGCGAGCGGGAGCGGCUGCUGCAGCAGCUACCGCCGCACGACAACGAGGCGAGGUACUGCAGCGGGUUAACCGAAGAGGAGAAGCGGGAGCUGAGGGUGUUCGCCGCGCAGCGGAAACGCGAGGCGUUGGGACGAGGACACGCGAGCCAACUCGACAGGCCUCACGGAGCCGGGUGCCGCGAGUGCACCAGGCCGAUCGCCGCCGGUGAAAUGGCGGUCGCUGCCAGCCGGGCUGGUCCAUCCGCGCUGUGGCAUCCGGCGUGCUUCGUCUGCUGCGUUUGCAGGCAACUGCUCGUCGACCUGAUAUACUUCUGGAGGGAUGGCAGACUCUACUGCGGCAGGCAUCACGCGGAGACCUUGAAGCCGCGAUGCUGCGCCUGCGACGAGAUCAUUCUCGCCGACGAGUGCACCGAGGCCGAGGGCAGGGCCUGGCACAUGAGGCACUUUGCCUGUCUCGAGUGCGAUCGACAGCUCGGGGGUCAAAGGUACGUGAUGAGGGAAGGCAGACCUUACUGUCUUCGAUGCUUCGACGCCUCCUUCGCCGAGUACUGCGACAGCUGCGGGGAACCGAUCGGCGUCGAUCAAGGGCAAAUGUCGCACGAGGGUCAGCACUGGCACGCGACCGAGGCUUGCUUUUGCUGCGCCACUUGCCGCGCGUCCCUUCUCGGACGACCGUUCCUGCCACGAAGAGGUGCCAUUUACUGCAGCAUAGCCUGUAGCAAGGGAGAACCGCCAACAACGCCGAGCGACUCUUCCGCUGGACCGCCACCGCCGCCACCUUCCUUUCUACGGACUGGUCGACGACAACCUCCAACCAGCGAAGGAUCCUCGAGUCCACCGCCUCCUCCACCACCUCCACCUCCGCCAGGAUCUAGGCAUACUCUGAGUUCCCCACGCAAUUCGCCUCGAAUGACCAGGAAACACCAUCAAACGUCUACGUCUCUGGCGACGACACCCACGCAGAGUACGCUGAGUCCUGAAUUCACUGCCGAAGGGUUUCCUUCUAGCGGCUCUAGACCUAGCGGUCUCGACCGGGUGCUUCUUGAAAGGAACCUCGAGAGACUACUUCAAGAACGUACUUCUCAUCCUGAGGAAAACCGCAGCGAACUGGGAAGGCUGAUGCAAGCUAGGGAUCGAGAGCCGUUAAGGUGCGUUCAGAAUUGCGCUCCAUCCCACGCGUCGAGCAUGCCGGAGCUGCCUCCGCCUCCUCGGCCGUCUUCCGGGGCAUCGGCGUCGGCGUCGACGUCCACAUCGACCGGCGUCGUCGGAGCUAUGUCCGGCGUAACCUUGGCCCAAGAGUCGGCGACGUUGCCGGCGAACCUCGUCAUCGGGCAAACGGAUCCUCCGACGCCGACGUCGCGACGCGUACGGUUUCAAGGGGAUCUGGACGUGAACGAUCACGACGCGUCGUCGCGUGUUCCGAUCUCCCCCGCCAACGACAGGAAUUCGUCGUCCUCACCCUCUCCGCCACCCGUCUCCUUGUCGAGAACGAAUGUGUCUCGAUCGAGGAGCUUACAGCCGGAGGAAGUCGCCAGCACGUCUGCGUGGGGUGUAGCAGGAAGCUCAAAAUCGAGGAUGGACGGCGAAGACGACGACGUGGAGAGCUGCUGCUCCACCUGCAGCUCGUCUACCAGCUCCGACGAGGCUGCCGCGUAUGCCCUGCCCCCCAGAAGGGCAUACGGUGGUGUCAGGAUUUCGUACGUGCCCAACGACGCUGUGGCCUGCGCGAGGAAGCGUACACCGACGUCGACGACGCCGAAUCAAGGGCAAAGGGACUCGGAAAAAUGUGUCGUGUCCUGAUGAUUCCCUCGACAAUCUGGAGUUAUUCUUUAUUUAUCGAGGAGGACGUUUUCACUUUGCAAUUGAACGGCGCGGAAACUUGUCGAGCCUCGAAUCAG